AUGGCCAGCGCGGUACCCAUCCUCGCCAAUCCCGUGAUGAAAAGAGACACCACCUCAACCGACGACACCUUCAGAGACGACCCGACGGGGUACAUGUCAGGGUUCAAGAACCCCAGCAUAACAACGUCGGUCGGCAACAAGGCCAUCUGCGUCCAAGGCAUGAUUGACGUCACGGCGUCGGCGACCAACUACCGAAUCAACCUCGAGGAGCCCAACAGCAAGAGCGCCGUCGUCGAGAUCGCCGUCGAGGCCCUCCAGACCAACUCGACGGCCAGGAAGCAGUACGUCGGGGCCGCGACGCCCGUCGACGGCACCUACGGCAUCUACUCGCAGCUCUGCUGGCCCCGGGCCAGCGACGCCAUCAACUCGACCACGGUGCAGUUCCUCAACCACGGCGCAGGCUUCGACCGCAGCUACUGGAACGCGGCGCCGGGCUACUCGUACGUCGACUUCGCCGCGGACCGGGGGUACACGACCUUCCUCUUCGACCGCCUGGGUACGGGCCUCUCCGACCACCCGGACCCGCUGCAGGUCGUGCAGUACGGGAUCCAGGUCGAGAUCGCGCACCAGCUGAUCCAGAUGCUCCGCGCGGGCCGCAUCUCGAACCACGACUUCUCCGAGGUCGUCGCCGUGGGACACUCGUUCGGCAGCACCCAGCUCGCGGGCAUCACGUCGAAGUACCCGCGGGACGUCGACGCCGCGGUCCUGACGGGCUUCACCGCCGACCCUUCGGGCAUGGGCGUCGCCUUCGCCGGCGUGGGACUGACCCCGGCCUCCGUCUCGGACCCCGUGCUGUUCGGCAACCUCUCCACCGGUUACCUGACCGCGUCGUCCAUCGAGGGCAACCAGUUCUUCUUCUUCCGCUACCCCAACUUCGACCCGGCCGUGCUCGACCUCGCCCAGCGCUCCCGCCAGACCCUGACGUUGGGCGAGUUCUUCUCCCUCGAGGGCCUCGAGGCCUCGCCCAGCUUCACGGGCCCCGUCGACAUCGUCAACGGCCUCAACGACCUGCCCAACUGUUUUGGCAAUUGCCUGCUGCCCUACGACAAGGUCGCCGCCGCAAAGGAAAAGCUAUACCCGGCCGCGAGCAACGGGUCUGAUUCGUACCUGGCCCCCGACACCGGUCACGGCUUGAACUUCCACUACAGCGCUUCAGAAGCCUAUGAGCACAUUCAUAAUUUUCUCAGAAAGAAUGGAUUCUAAAGGAUUUUGAAAGGCACAAACUAAACCUACCAUAUUGUGUGUGUGUGUCAGAAAUUGUUUGUACAGUUCGGUAAAGAAUACUUUGAGAAACGGAUGGGGAUUUGAAAUUUAGAAACUGUAAAAAACGAAAAUGAG